GCGAUGCCUAAAGUGCACGAAGAGGUGCUGAUGAGGAAACUGAAGAAACAACGCAAACAUAAAGAGAAACAACGCCUCAAGAAUAGAGCCGUUGAGAAGCCGACGGACGACACCGUUGUUGAUGACAUGUCUUCGGCCGAUGAGGACAUCGAUGGCAGACCCGUCAUGAAGAGGCCCAACACUGGUGUCAAUGAUACGAAUAAUAAGAAAUUAAAGGCAAACGAAGACAUUAAUGGCCGACAAAAUCGAGAGAUGGCUGACGACGAAGAAGAAGGUGACGACAACGACGACGAAGAGUGUCCGCAAUUGGUUCCCGAGACGAGUAUACCCUUUAGCGGCGCUUCGCUGACAGUCACGCGUUUUGAUGAACUCAAAGACAAAGUCUCGGAGUUUACGUUAAAAGCCAUUCAAGACAUGGAAUUCACGCAAAUGACAGAAAUCCAGUCCAAAACCAUUCCUCACCUCUUGGAGGGAAAGGAUCUGGUGGGCGCGGCCAAGACUGGAAGCGGCAAAACGUUGGCGUUUUUAUUGCCGGCCAUUGAGUUGAUGUAUAAGUUGCGAUUCAUGCCCCGCAACGGCACCGGUGUUCUCAUCAUAUCUCCCACCAGAGAGUUAUCAAUGCAGACAUUCGGUGUACUCAAAGAGCUGAUGAAAUAUCAUAAACACACGUAUGGCCUGAUUAUGGGCGGAACCAAUCGCCAGUCGGAAGCCAUGAAACUGAUCAAAGGUGUGAACAUAUUGGUGGCCACACCGGGCCGUCUGUUGGAUCACUUGCAGAACACCAAACAGUUCCUGUUUAAGAACCUUCAGUGUCUGAUCAUCGAUGAAGCGGACCGUAUAUUAGACAUCGGUUUUGAAGAGGAACUGAAAGCCAUCGUUAAACUGCUGCCACACAGACGUCAGACAAUGCUUUUCAGCGCCACACUGACGAAGAAGACGGAUGACCUGAUCUCUGUGGCCCUCAAGUCGGAGCCCCUACGUCAGACAAUGCUCUUCAGCGCCACACUGACGAAGAAGACGGAUGACCUGAUCUCUGUGGCCCUCAAGUCGGAGCCCCUGUAUAUCGGACUCGAAGAGUAUAAAGAGACGGCGACUGUCGACGGCUUAGAGCAGGGCUUUGUGAUCGCGCCGUCAGACAAACGCCUGUGCCUUCUGUUUACGUUCCUGAAGAAGAAUCGCGACAAAAAAGUGAUGGUAUUCUUCAGCUCCUGUAUGUCCGUUAAGUUCCACAACGAACUCCUCAAUUAUAUUGAUUUACCCGUUAUGUCCAUUCAUGGAAAGCAGAAGCAAACGAAGCGGACGACAACAUUCUUCCAGUUCUGCAAUUCAGACGUCGGUAUACUGUUGUGCACAGAUGUGGCCGCGCGUGGACUCGAUAUAAAAGAGGAACUGAAAGCCAUCGUUAAACUGCUGCCACACAGACGUCAGACAAUGCUUUUCAGCGCCACACUGACGAAGAAGACGGAUGACCUGAUCUCUGUGGCCCUCAAGUCGGAGCCCCUGUAUAUUGGACUCGAAGAGUAUAAAGAGACGGCGACUGUCGACGGCUUAGAGCAGGGCUUUGUGAUCGCGCCGUCAGACAAACGCCUGUGCCUUCUGUUUACGUUCCUGAAGAAGAAUCGCGACAAAAAAAUAAUGGUAUUCUUCAGCUCCUGUAUGUCCGUUAAGUUUCACAACGAACUCCUCAAUUACAUUGAUUUACCCGUUAUGUCCAUUCAUGGAAAGCAGAAGCAAACGAAGCGGACGACAACAUUCUUCCAGUUCUGCAAUUCAGACGUCGGUAUACUGUUGUGCACAGAUGUGGCCGCGCGUGGACUCGAUAUACCGCAAGUCGAUUGGAUCGUACAGUACGACCCGCCCGACGAUCCCAAAGAAUAUAUACAUAGAGUGGGCCGAACGGCACGCGGCGAAGGGGCCAAAGGUCACGCUCUGUUGAUCCUGAAUCCAGAGGAGCGCGAGUUCUUAAGAUAUCUGAAGGAAGCGAAAGUACCGCUACAGGAGUUUGAGUUCUCAUGGAAUAAAGUGGCCAACAUUCAGCCACAG